CACAACAUGCCUCUUCAGGUGCUAUACACAAUGGUCCUGGAACAUGACAUAAAGAUUGGGAAUUUAGCUACUGAGACUGCAGGAUUGCUCCAACAGAAGGAAUUCUACCAGCCCCUCUCAGCCAAGAAGAAUGAAAUUGAGAAGUGGAGGAAAGAAUUCAAAGAUCAGUGGACAAAGGAGCAAAAGAGAAUGAAUGAAUCCUUGUCAUCCCUGCGCAAGUCCCGCCUGCAAUACAUACAGCGCUGCGAGGAGCUGGAGAAAGCCAAGCAACUGAGUGCCAAGGCGGAGGACGAAUACCAGAGCGCAGCCGUCGCCAACCCUGGCAGUGCCACCAAGCAGCUGGAGAAGCGACGCCGUUCUUGCGAGGAGGCACAAGCCAAGGUUCAGGAAACAGAAGUUUUGUACAAGAUGUGCAUCAGCGAUGCCAACUUUCGACGGCAAGAACUGGAGAAAGUACGAGCACGGAUCGUCUCCCACAUUCGGAAGCUCAUUUACCAAGGGGAUGAGGUGCUGACGUGGGUCACUUUAAGGAUGUUCAAGCAGCGGCAGACCCAGUCGGAACAGAUUCCAGUGGGAUACCAGUACCUGUCUGAGGUCUGCAAGCCAUACAAAGUGGGCGAGAAAUACCUGGAAUUCAUUCAGGCUCUGCAGAAGAAAGACAUUCAUAUGGAAGUGUUUGAAUUUGAGCCACUCGCUUCUGGAGGGCAGAGGUCCCCUCCCAGCAGCAAAAAGAAGAUGGCAUUGCAUUACGCCGGACCCUCUUCUGCAGCAAAGGAUGCGAGCACUCCAGAAGAUACGUCCAGAAAGCAGUUCUCCACAAACGGCGAACAGAGUGCGAACAAAUCCCUCUGCAGCGACACAGAAAGCCUUGGUGGGAGUUGUGAAUCCCGGUCCCUCGACUCUCCCAAUUCUAGCCCAGGAAACUCUAAUAGGAAAUUGCUGAAAGCUCCAUCCACCAGCACCAUGUCCUCCUCGGAUGAUUUUGAAGAGAGAGAUUCCUUGCAAACUUUUGAAAAUGAAAACGGUACAUCCCAGCAGCAGUUUAAGAACAUCGUCCUCUCCAGCGCAGCGCAGACCCACCGGCUCCGGAAGCUGCGGGGACCAUCCAAGUGCCGGGAGUGCGACACCUUCAUGGUCAGCGGCUUCGAGUGCGAGGAGUGCUGCCUGGCCUGCCACAAGAAGUGUCUCGAGAACCUGCUCAUCACCUGCGGCCACAAGAAGUUGCCCAACCGAGUACCUCUUUUCGGCAUUGACUUCACGCAGGUUCCUCGAGAUUUCCCAGAGGAAGUUCCCUUCAUAGUGGCAAAAUGCACCUCAGAAAUUGAAGCCCGUGCCCUCGGGGUGCAGGGGAUCUAUCGGAUAAGUGGAUCCAAAGCUCGGGUAGAAAAGCUGUGCCAGGCGUUCGAGAACGGACGGAGCCUCGUGGAGCUCUCCGAGCACUCCCCCCACGACAUCACCGGCGUCCUGAAGCAUUUCCUGAAGGAACUUUCGGCACCGGUGCUACUGUCCCAGCUCUAUAACGAUCUCAUUGCGCUUGCCAAAGAUUUGCAAAAAAACGGGGAGGAAAAGUCGGACUGCGCAGGCUUCCCUUCAGACCCCAUCCAGAGCAUGAAGGACUUGCUGAGCAAAUUGCCUGGAAGCAACUACAACACUCUGCGGCACCUUAUCGCACACCUGUACAGGGUGGCAGAGAAAUACGAAGAGAACAAGAUGUCCCCAAACAACCUGGGCAUAGUAUUUGGGCCAACUCUGAUCCGGCCAGGCUCAGGGAGCGAUGUCUCAAUGUCAUGCCUUGUUGACUCUGGGUAUCAAGCCCAGAUUGUGGAGUUUCUCAUUCACAACUACGAAAGGGUGUUUGGGAUGGAUGACCUGCCUUCAUCCUUAUCCCUUGGAUGUGAAAAUCCUUCGCAAGAAGCAUCGACAGAAACGGAUGAAGGACCUCAGAGCCCAGACACAAUCCAGAAUAUAACUCUAGAGAAUUUCUCCUCCAAGCAUGGUUUAAAUGUGGACUGUGUCUCUGAUAACUCGUCUUCCAGGGAAGCCGUCAAUGAGCUGACUCUGGAGGGAGCUCACAGAGCAUUAAGCGUGGAUGCCCUAGAGAUGAAUACAAGCAUUGGCUCUGAGCUGGAGGACCUGGAGGACUCUGUGCAGGAAAAGACAGACAGCGAUUCGGACACGGGCCCGGGGACCCAGCCCAGGUGCCAUUUCAGCCGACAGCCUGUCAAAUAUAUUCGAACGCAGGCAAAAAUGAAACCGGUCAUUCCCAAGUCUUCCAAUUUGCCCUUGAGGACUACCGCAUUAGCCAACGUGGCAACGGAGUCUGGUGCAGAUGGCAACCCUACCGACAGCAGCUCCACGACGAAGGACGUGCUGGAGGAGAGCGCUAGGAGCAGGAACGCCGACACAAGUGUACUCAAGCAGCGCCCAGGAGGGAGGCAGCAGCUCAAACAUUUUGAGAUCACGCAGGAAACCGCCAGGAUUGUCUCAAAGUUUCAAGUCAAUGACACUUCUGCGUCCCCUGAGCCUUCUUCGGAGAGCAUGGGAUCUACUGAGAAAGCAGAGAACUUCGACCCCGGGACAUACCUAUAG